GCCCAUGUUUCGCGUUCGGAAGCGCAUAUUGAACCCAUCCCAUGUCCAGUCCACUUCCACGAUGGCAGCGAAUAUCUGUCAGCUCCUCGAUCUAGAGUCUGAGUCGGAAGACGAGGAAAGAUCUAUUUUAAUGUAUCUAUUUAAUCGAAGAAGAACAAAAAGCGAGAAAAAUGCGUAUCUGCGAAAAAGACAAAGUCAUGGAGAGUUCAACUUAUCUAGAGAAGUUCCAGCCAGCAUAUUCAAAGAGACAUUUAGAGUGAACAGAACACAGUUCAACGAAAUCCAUGAAUUGAUAAAGAACGAUAUUACGGGUAAAGAGUGCAAUGCACAAAAACCUAUUGGAAGUGAAGAGAAAGUAACCGUAUGUCUAAGGUAUUUGGCCACUGGUGACAUGUAUAAAACUAUAGGACUGAGCUAUAGAAUGGGACAGAGAACCGUAUCGAACAUUGUUUGUCAAGUCUGUGAAGCGAUAUGGCGACGUUUACAGCCCAUUUAUAUGCCCGAACCAACGGUGGAAAUUUGGAAGAACAUUGCAUUAGAGUAUGAAAGAAAAUGACAGUUUUAUAACUGUUUAGGAGCUGUCGAUGGGAAGCAUGUCGCCAUUCGAAAACCACUUCUGAGUGGCUCUUCUUUCUUCAACUACAAACAAUAUUUUUCUGUUGUUUUAAUGGCGACUGUCGAUGCAAAUUAUCGUUUUACUUCUGUGAAUGUAGGUUCUAUGGGUCGGUUUAGUGACGGAAAUAUUUUUGCCAAUUCUCCUUUAGGAAAAAUGUUAUACAACGGUUCACUGGAUUUGCCAGAACCAAAGCCUUUACCUGGACAAAAUACACCAACUCCAUAUGUAUUUGUUGGAGACGAAGCGUUCCCGCUAAUGAGAAAUUUAAUGCGUCCAUAUCCUAAAGCGAGAGUUGCUGGUAGUUAUCAAAACAAGGUUUUUAAUUAUAGACUAUCUCGGGCUAGACAAACAGUAGAAAGUGCCUUCGGUAUAUUAGCAGCUAGAUUCCGGGUGUACAAGAGACCAUUUGAAUGUAAAUUGGAUACCAUCGAUAAAAUAGUGCUAGCCACAAUUGUGCUUCAUAAUUAUUUGAGAACUAAGAUUCUCUCGAUUGCCACUGGCCAGGAAGAAAAUGAUGAAGUGUUGACAAUUUUAGGAUAUAUACAUACAAAAAUGAAAAGUAUUAUUAAUUAUUAUUAUUAUUUAAAAAAAUAAAUAUGUACUUACGAUGAGU